AUGUCCAGUCAAGCCCCCGCUGACGCUGCGGUUCCCGCCGAAUCGGCUGCCGCUCAAACCUUGCCUGACCGCACUCAGGCCCCCGCCGAUGCCGCUGCUGCUCCCCAAGGCGAGGUCUCCAAGAACGCUGCAAAGAAGGCCGCCAAGUUGGCCAAGUUGGCCCAAGAUAAGGCCGACAAGAAGGCGGGGAAUGCUGCCAACAAGGGAAUUGGAAAGCAGGAGGCCAAGAAGCCCGCCUCCAAGGCCCCCAAGAAGAAGAUUGACGGUGCCGCUCUGAUCGGUAUCGAUGUCUCCAAGGAGGAGGACUUCCCCGGUUGGUACCAGCAGGUCCUGACCAAGGGUGACAUGCUCGACUACUAUGAUGUCUCUGGAUGCUUCAUCCUCAAGCCCGCUUCAUACUCUAUCUGGGAGGAGAUCCAGAACUGGUUCAACGGAUACAUCAAGAAGAUUGGUGUCAAGAACUGCUCCUUCCCUCUCUUUGUCUCUGAGGAUGUCCUGCAGCGGGAGAAGGACCACAUCGAGGGUUUCGCGGCCGAGGUCGCCUGGGUCACCCAUGCUGGUUCCACCCCCUUGGAGAAGAAGAUCGCUAUCCGUCCCACCUCUGAGACCGUCAUGUACCCCUACUACGCCAAGUGGAUCAGAAGUCACCGUGACCUUCCUCUCAAGCUGAACCAGUGGAACUCUGUCGUUCGUUGGGAGUUCAAGCACCCCCAGCCCUUCUUGAGAACCAGAGAGUUCCUGUGGCAGGAGGGUCACACUGCCCACCUGACCCAGGACGCGGCCCAUGAGGAAGUCAUGCAGAUCCUCGACCUCUACGCUCGCAUCUACGAGGAGCUCUUGGCCGUUCCCGUUGUCAAGGGUCAGAAGACCGAGAAGGAGAAGUUCGCCGGUGGUCUCUACACCACUACCGUCGAGGGCUACAUUCCCGCCACUGGCCGUGGUAUUCAGGGUGGUACUUCCCACGGUCUGGGCCAGAACUUCAGUAAGAUGUUCGGAAUCACCGUCGAGGACCCCUCCGCCAAGGGUGACGAGAAGAAGCCCCCCAUCCACGUCUGGCAGAACUCCUGGGGUCUGUCGACCCGUACUCUGGGUGUCAUGGUGAUGAUCCACAGUGACAACCGCGGUCUUGUCCUCCCUCCCCGCGUGGCUGAGAACCAGACCGUCAUCGUCCCCGUCGGUAUCACCGCCAAGACCUCGGACGAGGAGCGCAGCAAGCUUUACGCUGAGAUCGACCGCUUGGUCUCCAUUCUUCAGGACGCCGGCGUCCGCGCCAUCUCCGACCUCCGCGAGGGCUACUCCCCCGGCUGGAAGUUCAACGAGUGGGAGCUGCGCGGUGUGCCCCUGCGCAUUGAGUUCGGUCCCGGUGAGAUGGCCGGCGGCUUCGUCACCGCCGCUCGCCGUGACAUCCCCGGUAAGGACGGCAAGGCGCCCAUCCAGAUCGCCGAGCUCGCGACCGCCGUCCCCGCUCUUCUCGAGACCAUCCAGAAGGACCUGUACAACCGUGCCGACAACGAGUACCGCUCCCACCGCAAGCUUAUCACCAACUGGGACGACUUCACCCCCGCCCUCAACGACAAGAAUGUCUGCAUCAUCCCCCACUGCUUGACCGAGGAGUGCGAGGACCAGAUCAAGGACAUGAGCGCCCGCAAGGCCGAGGAGGACUCCGGCGAGGCCCAGGACGCCCGCGCCCCCAGCAUGGGCGCCAAGUCCCUCUGUAUUCCCUUCGACCAGCCCGAGGGUAUCGUCGCCGGCGAGACCAAGUGCUGCAACCCCAAGUGUACCCGCCCUGCCGAGAAGUGGUGCAUGUUCGGCCGCUCUUACUAA